GCUCCGUCACGGCCGCGUCGGAGACGUUGGCGAGCGGGAUGAACAGCGGAGGUCCCUUCGGCUUGGGCUUAGGCUUCGGCCUGAUCCCUACGGCGGUGAUUCAGGUGACCAAUCUGUCGUCGGCCGUGACCAGCGAGCAGAUGCGGACGCUUUUUUCCUUCCUAGGAGAGAUCGAGGAGCUGCGGCUCUACCCUCCGGACAAUACACCUCUUGCGUUUUCAUCCAAAGUAUGUUAUGUUAAGUUUCGUGACCCUGCGAGUGUUGGUGUGGCCCAGCAUCUAACUAACACGGUUUUUAUUGACAGAGCUCUCAUAGUUGUUCCUUGUGCAGAAGGUAAGAUCCCUGAAGAAGCCAAAGCCCUCUCCUUGCUGGCGCCCGCUCCGUCCAUGACCAGCCUGAUGCCUGGUGCAGGGCUGCUUCCCAUCCCCACCCCCAGUCCUUUGACCACACUUGGUGUCUCGCUUAGCAGUUUGGGAGCGAUACCAGCAGCAGCGCUGGACCCCAACAUUGCAGCUCUUGGGGAGAUACCACAGCCACCACUCAUGGGGAACGUGGACCCUUCUAAGAUUGACGAGAUCAGGAGGACGGUGUAUGUUGGCAAUCUGAAUUCCCAGACAACUACAGCUGAUCAACUACUUGAGUUUUUUAAACAAGUCGGAGAAGUAAAGUUUGUGCGGAUGGCAGGUGAUGAGACUCAGCCAACUCGGUUUGCUUUUGUGGAAUUUGCAGACCAAAGUUCUGUGCCAAGGGCCCUUGCUUUUAAUGGAGUUAUGUUUGGAGACAGGCCACUGAAAAUAAAUCACUCCAACAAUGCAAUAGUAAAACCCCCUGAGAUGACACCUCAGGCUGCAGCUAAGGAGUUAGAAGAAGUCAUGAAGCGGGUCCGAGAGGCUCAGUCCUUUAUCUCAGCAGCUAUUGAACCAGAGUCUGGAAAGAACAAUGAAAGAAAAGGCGGUCGAUCUCGUUCCCAUACUCGCUCACAAUCCAGAUCUAGCUCAAAAUCUCAUUCUAGAAGGAAAAGAUCACAGUCAAAGCGCAGGAGUAGAUCCCAUAAUAGAUCACGUUCAAGACAGAAAGAUCGACGCAGAUCUAAGAGCCCACAUAAAAAACGCUCUAAGUCAAGGGAGAGGCGCAAGUCCCGGAGUCGGUCACGUUCACGGGACAAAAGGAAGGAUACUCGAGAAAAGAUCAAGGAAAAGGAAAGAGUGAAAGAUAGAGAAAAGGAAAGGGAAAAAGAGAGAGAGAGAGAGAAGGAACGUGACAAGGAGAAGGAGCGGGGUAAAAACAAAGAUAAAGAGAAGGACAGAGAGAAAGAACGGGACAAAGAGCCUGAGAAGGAACAGGACAAAGACAAGGACAGAUCCAAAGAGACCGAUGAGAAGAGGAAGAAGGAGAAGAAGUCCAGAACACCACCCCGGAGUUACAAUGCCUCCAGAAGAUCUCGAAGUUCCAGCAGGGAAAGACGUAGGAGGAGGAGCAGGAGCUCUUCUAGAUCCCCAAGAACAUCGAAAACCAUAAAAAGGAAGUCUUCCCGGUCUCCCUCCCCGAGGGGCAGAAAUAAGAAGGAUAAAAAGAGAGAGAAGGAACGGGACCACAUUGGUGAGAGGAGGGAGAGUGAGCACUCCAGCUCUGUGAAAAAGGACUGUAAAGACGGCGAAGGCAAGGAGGACAGCGCUGUGCUCACAGGAAGUGAUGUAAGUCAGCCGCCGGGUGCGGCACGGUGGGGAAAGCGCUAAAUGGGAACGAACUU